UCUGCAUUUUUUUUUUUCAAAUCUCAUUUGUCAUUAAUGGUGGUUUUGAAUAUUAUUUUGUUCUUUAUGACUUUAAUUUAUUUAAUUACAGGCUUUUCAAGGAGUCUCCACAUCCUGAUGAGAAGCAAAGGCAGCAACUGAGCAAACAAUUAGGCCUUGCUCCUAGACAAGUCAAGUUUUGGUUCCAAAAUCGUCGAACACAAAUCAAAGCUAUACAAGAACGCCAUGAAAAUUCAUUGUUGAAAGGCGAAAUGGAGAAGCUCCGAGAUGAGAACAAAGCCAUGAGAGAAGCCAUUAACAAAGCUUAUUGUCCCAACUGUGGCACUGCCACUACUAGCAGGGACACUUCCGUGACCUCUGAAGAACAACAACUACGUAUAGAAAAUGCUAAACUCAAAAACGAGGUUGAAAAAUUAAGAGCGGCUGUUGGGAAAUCUCCACCAGGAGCAACAUCAACAAGUUCAUGCUCGGCUGGAAAUGACCAAGAAAACAGGAGCUCUUUGGAAUUUUACACUGGAAUUUUUGGACUCGAUAAGUCAAGAAUUAUGGAGCUGGUUAAUCAAGGAAUGGAAGAGUUGAAAAAAAUGGCUACUGCUAGUGAGCCACUUUGGAUUCGAAGUGUUGAGACCGGCCGUGAAAUCCUUAACUAUGAUGAGUAUACCAAAGAGUUUUCUGUCGAUAAUUCGAGCGACGGCAAGCCAAAACGAUCCAUUGAAGCCUCAAGAGACACUGGAGUUGUGUUUGUUGAUCUUCCCAGGCUUGUUCAAAGUUUCAUGGAUGUGAAUCAAUGGAAGGCAAUGUUUCCAGGCUUAAUCUCAAAGGCAGCCACUGUUGAUGUUAUCUGCAAUGGUGAAGGUCCUAGCAGAGAUGGCGCAGUGCAGUUGAUGUUUGCAGAGCUGCAAAUGCUUACACCAAUGGUGCCAACCAGAGAAGUUUAUUUUGUUAGAUUCUGCAAGCAAAUAAGUGCUGAACAGUGGGCAAUUGUCGAUGUCUCCAUUGACAAAGUUGAAGAAAACAUUGAUGCAUCUUUAGCCAAAUGCAGAAAACGUCCAUCUGGUUGCAUCAUUGAAGAUAAA